AUGUCAGACCAGAACAGCACCAACGAUGGGGAGUCAGACCCCCAGCACAGCCUGUCUAUGGUCUUCCUCCUCGUCCUCGUCUUCUUCAUCAUGGGACUGGUGGGUUUCCUGAUAUGCCAUGUCCUGAAGAAGAAGGGUUACCGGUGCCGGACUUUCCGGGAUGAGCUCGACCCAGAUAACAAAGAUGUGCUGGCGGAGCUCCAGGCCAAUGAAGAGGAGGAGCUGAACGAGGACACGGUGGAGAAAAUUGUGAGAUGCAUCAUCCAAAAUGAAGCAAAUGCGGAGGCCCUCAAGGAGAUGCUGGGGGACAAUGAAGGGGACAUCCCAGUGCCAGUGCCCAGCCUUUGUCCUCACCGUAACAGCCAGGAUGGGGGCCCACCACAUCACCACACAGUGCACCUGGGCUCCACGCAGGCCCCCUGCAUCCACUGCAGCAAGAGGAAGAGGCACCCGCUGCAUCGGCAAGGACGGUCCAAGGAUGGCAAAGGCAGGAUGCAUCCUGGAGAGACCACCGUCUUCUCAGUGGGCAGGUUUCGUGUCACACACAUCGGGAAGAAACCCACUUUCCACGAGCAGCAGGACGGUCCCCUGCCCGACGGCAGCCGGGAGCCGAGCACAGAGGAGCUGGAGCACAGCAGCGACCGGCUCCAGCGGGAGCGGGUUCGCAAUGGGACUGCCCCCGCGGGUGGCCUGCAGAACGGAGCCGUCCAGAAGGGUGCCCAGAGCAGCAAGGGUGGGGAGCAGAGCCGCUCCACCACCCCAGCCCCGAACACACCAGCCAGCUCCGGCACUCGCGACAGCAGGCGGGCGGGAGCUGGCACUGCUCCCGGGAGCACGAGCCGCCAGAGGAAGCUCCUGAGCCAUCGGGUGCUGGGAGGGUCGAGUCCCAGCAUCCCAGGAGAGCUGGUGCAGGAAGGAGCCAGCAUCUGCCUGGAGGAGACCGGACUGGGGUCGGCAGAUGAAGUGUCGGAUAUUCACGGGAGCCUGAGUCUGCACGAACAGGCUGAUGAGUUGGGAAAAGAUGACAGCAGCAGAAAACUGCCCAGAGCAGAGGACAUGGGGCAGCAGGAGCCCAGCACCGUGGUGCAGGACCGAGGAGCAACCGUGUGA